AUGCACAUCGUUGGGAAGACUUCGGAUGAUAAGUAUUACGAUGUUGUUAUGUGCGACUCUUGCGCCCAAUACCUCCACCAUAUCGGUUGCGCAUUCGAACUCGAGUCUGAUGAUUUCGAGUCCGUCCACUCCGAGUCCGUCGAGCCCGCCGAAUCCUUCGAGUCCGAGGACUUCGAGUUCGUCCACUCCGAGUCCGUCGAGCCCGCCGAAUCCUUCGAGUCCGAGGACUUCGAGUUCGUUCACGCCGAAUCUGCCGAGCCCAUCCAGCCCAUCAAUUUCGUGUCUGUCAAUGUUGUGUUCGUUGAGUUUGGAAAGCUCAAGUUUGAUGACAUCGAGUCUGCGGGCUCUGGUGAGCCUGUGUACGACGAGAUCGAGUCAGAAGAGCUCCGAAAAUCCAUUCAUUAUGACGUGUCGCAGCCAAAACAGAGAGAGAUCAAGGUCUAUGGAACCCCCGAAGGUACAACAAGGGCCAGAGGUCGAUUCAUCGUGAACGCCGUACGCGCGAUUUCCUCGGCAGAUCACGGACGAGGCCUUGACCAAUACUACCUUUCCAGCCCCAAUUACACCAACAACCGCGGCUUCUUGGUUGCAAUCAAAUGGGCGGUCUUUUUACGCAGCGUGAGGUUCACAGAGUGGGAUGAUAUCGCGUGGCUCUCGCUCUUGGAAAAGAUCUGUUUGACAAGAUGGCAGUUACAAAGCACAGAGGCGGACAUGCAAGAGCUAUCGCUCCUACAAGCUGUAUUCGAAUCCGCUUGCGAUAGAGCGCGACCAAAUUUGCUGCAUGCCUUUAACUCAGCCCAGGGAAACCUCGAAACGCUCAGUUCUCUCUUUUUUGAUGGCGCUACACUAGAGGCAGUCCCAUUUGGCGGUCUUGAUAGGAUGAGCUUGGAGCGUUGGCUUCCGCAGUUCAAGGUCUUCGAAGACUGUGACGAGCUGGAUGUCACUAAGUUCGAAGAGAAGAUAAUCAGCUGUGUGCCGUUGUAA